AAACCUAAGCAGAGUUUGAUGUGCUAAGCAAGAGAAACUAGAUCCACUGCAGAACUGAAGAUCAAAAGAUUUGUUGGCGAAAAGUAUUCUAUUUCAUCAAGCGCAAUGGCAAGACUUGAUUCAACCAUAGCAGCUGUUUUCUUGAUUAUUGUGGCCGUAUUAAUGGGACUCGAUGCCCGGCCCGCUGAUGACAUCCUGCGAUGUAAAGAACCUGCUGAUAUCGUAUUCCUUGUCGACUCGUCCACGUCAAUCGAAACAGAAGAUUUUAAUGGCCCAAUGAAAACCUUUCUUAAAGACAUCAUUUCGACCUUCGAUGUUGGACAAGGCCCAGAGCAGACGAGAAUUGGAAUGGUCAUGUUCAGCACUAACGAGCACCUGGAGUUCCACCUGAACAAAUACAAGAGCACUGCGGAUGUUCUGGAGGCGGUUGACAAAAUUCCGCGCCGCUGGGGCGACACUUAUACACACAAAGCUUUAGAAUUCGCCUCUAACGUCAUGUUAACGGCCGAACAUGGGGCUAGAGAUGGUGUUGUCAAGCUUAUUGUGGUUCUAACGGACGGCAGAUCAUCUUUACUAUCCAAGACAAAGAAAGCAUCCAAAGCCAUUCAUGAUAAAGGUCUUGAUGUCAUCGCUAUUGGUGUGGGUAACCAGGUAUCAUACGACGAGUUGUACAUAAUUGGCUCUAAGCCCCACGAGAAGCACGUCUUUGUUGUUAAUGACUACAAAGCUUUAGACACGAUCAAGCAAAGGUUCCAGCAAUCCGCUUGUGAAUCCAUACAGACAACGAUGCCUCCCACAGAAAGCACAACGACAAUGAAAACAAGGCCUACGACGACUACCACAACAACCACCACAACAACACCCACGACAACCACUACCACGCCUACAACAACCACUACCACACCCACGACAACCACUACCACGCCUACAACAACCACUACCACACCUACGACAACCACUACCACCCCAACGACAACCACUACCACACCUACGACAACCACGACAACGCCAACUACCACCACAACGACGCCAACGACAACCACGACAUCUACAACAACCACUACCACGCCGACAACUACCACAACUACUCCUAAAACAACCACAAGAACUUCAACUACAACUACACCCACAACAACCACAAGAAAACAAACUAUCACGUCAGAAGAGCUACCACAGGGAGACAUUUUCCAAGAAGAAUGCCGUGGCAAACCAGCUGAUAUUUAUUUCCUGCUUGACGCUUCCUCAUCUGUCUGGAUCUACCAUUUCCACACACUUGUCCUGCCAUUUGUUCGCGAUCUCGUAUCGUCCUUCCAUAUUUCGCCUAUGCAUACGAGAGUUGGACUUGUUACAUUUUCCAAUGAUAUCAAUCACGAAUUUAACCUUUCGGCACACAGCAAUUUACAGUCACUUCUGGACGCCAUUCAACCGGAACACGUAGAUUACCUGACCGGGGGCACUUACACCGGGGACGCCAUCGAAUAUGUUGUCCACAGGGGUUUCGGCGUCGACGAUGCCAGGCAAGGAGUGGCUCAGAUCAUCAUCACUAUCACCGACGGCUUGUCUCACAUUCCCACCCAGACCGCCAAGGCCGCAGAAGAUGCCAGAAAUAAGGGUGUCUACAUGUUCGCCGUGGGAGUCGGGGAUGACGUGGAUGAGGAUGAGCUGAAGGCCAUCUCCAGUAACCCGGAUGAAGAUUUCGUCUUCAGGGUGCAUGACUUUAAAGCCCUCUCGUCCAUUACAGACCUUCUGGCUGUCAAAGCUUGCAAGGCUGUGUCUAACGAUCAGCCCCCACAGUUAACAGAGUGCUCCACCAAAGGUGCCAACAUUAUGUUCCUGUACGAGUACUUCAACUCCGUGUCCUAUUCCAAGAUUGUAGUCGAAGACAUUAUUACCAGGAUCUCCCUGGAUGCCGCUGCCCUCAUCCCAUCCGUUAAAAUCGGAACGCUGACCCAACCUUGUAUAGGAGGCGGGUCACCUCUUCUAGCCAGCAGCCGUUUCCAACAAGCUUUAGCGGAAAUCCACGGCAGCUACUCUGUCGGUUACACUAGCCUUCUCAGCCGGGUUAGGACGGAAAUAUUCCAGAACGUUCCUGCUGACCAGAACCGAGUGGCAGUGCUGGUGUUGGACGAGAUGACCAAGAACUUAGAUCUCAUUGAGGUCGAAGUCGAGAAGUUAAAGAGAAUGAACGUCAAAGUUGUGGUCGUAUCCGUUGGAAAAGUGAAAGAGCUCCAUUUAGAAAAAAUCGCCUCUGCCCCGAGUAAAGAAAAUAUCCUCCGCGCAGACAGCUACAGUGACCUCAAGAAACUCAAGAUCGAUGUUAUCGGACUGGUGUGUGGGUCAGACGUUUCACACAGCCUCUAUGGGUUCAACACCGACACCAGUAACACCAAUGUAAAUGUCCACGGCACCGUCAUUUCCUCUGAUGUCGCGUCCCCGGUUGCACCGGCCACGAGCUUCAAACAUGAGGUCUCUGUUAGUGUUGUGAAUAUGAAUGGUGAACGGAAAGAAGUUGAGGCAACGACACAAGAGUGGUUUGACUUCGGUGUCUAUCCUAACUGAGAAAUAGUGAUUUAAUAUAUAUUUUAAAUAUUUUUAUAUUCCAUAAUUAUAUAUUGUUAAACAUUUCCAUUUUAUAUUUUUAUGUAUAUUAUAUUUCUAUUGAAAUAUAUGUGUAAGAUAUAGAUUUGACAAAUGUUCGAAUUGUUAUAUGUAAAAUCAACAUUUCUUCCACACUUUGAAUUCAUCAAAACGCUGAAAUGUCACAUGUGAAGUAACUGUUGGGGUGUAAACCCCUAUUGUGGUAACUAGUGAGAUAGGUAUGCCUGAGAGAAAAUGAUGGAUGUGUCCAAAUUAAGCCAAAAUCAUGAGGUUGUGUCAGAAAAUAUUUUUCAUCGAAUUUUAUUCCAUUUCUAUAUUGGUUUGAUAUUUAUAUAAAAAAAUAUUGUUUUUAUUCUUCUCCAAUAAAAUCA